UCUGUAUUCCAUCUUUUCACAAAAUUCCGUCCCUUAUCUCUGCAGCUACAAAAACCUCCUCAAUCAAUGGCUUCCCAAAUCCACUUCAAUUUCUCAUAGAAACCCAAUUCCAUCACCCCUCCCUCUUAAAAUGGAUUUAUCUUCAUCCUUCACGCCCACCAAAAUAGACCUCUCUUUCUCCUCCUCCUCACUCACUCUCUUCCCCUUCCAAACCCACUUCAAAAUCCCCAAAACCCAACCGAAUCUCCACAUUUUCGCCGUCUCCUCCGCCGAGCUCCCCCAAAACAGCCCCCAACGCCUCCUCAAAGAGUUGGCCGAGCGCAAAAAAGUAGUCUCCCCCAAGAAAAGGGCGCCCCCAAAACGAUUCAUCCUCAAACCUCCACUAGACGACAAGAGAUUAGCCGACAGAUUCCUCAACAGCCCCCAAUUAUCGCUAAAGUCCUUCCCUUUGCUGAGCUCUUGCCUCCCUUCGCAGCGAUUGAACAAUGCCGAUAGAACGUGGAUGGAUGAGUAUUUGCUUGAGGCUAAGCAGGCGCUGGGUUAUCCGUUGGAGCCCUCGGAAAGCUACGGAGACGAUAAUCCGGCCAAGCAGUUCGAUUCCUUGCUGUAUUUGGCGUUUCAGCAUCCUCACUGUGAGAGGACUAAUGUGCGGCAUGUGAGGUCAGGGCAUUCGCGGCUGUUGUUUUUGGGGCAGUAUGUGCUCGAGCUGGCGCUGUGUGAGUUCUUCUUGCAGCGCUAUCCGAGGGAGUCCCCGGGGCCGAUGAGGGAGAGGGUGUAUGCUUUGAUUGGUAAGAGGUUUCUGCCCAAGUGGAUCAAAGCUGCUAGCUUGCAGAAUUUGGUUUUCCAGUAUGAUGAUAUGGAUAGGCUCCUUCGCAAAGACCGCGAGCCUCCAGUGAAAUCUGUGUUCUGGGCGUUGUUUGGAGCAAUAUACUUGUGUUUUGGCAUGCCAGAAGUAUAUCGUGUUCUCUUUGAAGUGUUUGGGCUCGACCCGGAGGCUGAAGACUGCCAGCCUAAAUUAAGGAGACAGCUUGAAGAUAUAGACUAUGUAUCUGUUGAGUUUGAUAACCGAAAACUCAGUUGGCAAGAUGUUGCUGCUUAUAGGCCACCAGAAGAUGCCCUUUUUGCUCAUCCUAGGCUUUUCAGAGCAUGUGUGCCACCUGGUAUGCACCGAUUCCGUGGAAACAUAUGGGAUUUUGAAUGUAGACCUCAAGUGAUGAGAACACUUGGAUAUCCCUUGGCUAUGGUGGAUAGGAUACCUGAGAUAACAGAAGCAAGGAAUAUUGAGCUUGGCUUAGGGUUGCAGCUCUGUUUCAUGCAUCCAUCAAAACACAAGUUUGAACACCCACGGUUCUGCUUCGAGCGCUUGGAAUAUGUUGGUCAGAAGAUCCAGGAUCUUGUGAUGGCCGAGAGGUUGCUUAUGAAGCACAUCGAUGCUCCUGGGAAAUGGCUGCAGGAGAAGCACCGUUGUCUUCUGAUGAACAAGUUCUGCGGCAAGUUCUUGAGGGAGAAGUAUCUUCACCGUUUCAUCAUCUACAGCGAUCAGGUCCAGGACUCGUAUGAGCACAACCGGAGGCUCAGAAAUCCAGCUACAACCUCGGUUCAGCAAGCCAUCCAUGGCCUCGCAUACGCUGUUUAUGGGAAGCCAGACGUUAGGCGACUCAUGUUCGAGGUUUUCGACUUUGAGCAGAUACAGCCAAAGGCCGUAUGAACAAGAUGGACAUGGUUUAAAUCUGUAGUGAUAUGUAUUCAUACACCCAAGUUUCAUGAGCAAAAAUAGAUCGUGUACAGAUAACAUUUUGACCAUGUUAUAGAUUAUGGAUUAUAAUUUGCCACAAGUA